UUCAUUUGCGGCUCUGGGGACUAGGGCCGCUAAGCCAACAGGUGUUGCACGAACCUGGAUUGCAUCACAGCUUUUAGUUCGCCUAACGGAGCAGCGACGAGGAGCUACACAGAGUAACCAAAGGAGAAAAGAGCAACAAUGGGCGGCGGCAGAGGAAGAGGAAAAAGGUCUCGAACUCAAAGAAAGCACUUCCGGGAUGGCCGAGAGAACGUUUGGAAACGCCCCAAAUUCGACUCUUCGUCUGAUCCCAACAACACUACCACUAAUAAUCCUACUUGGCAGCCCUUCGCCACUCAAAAUCAGGCCUUCGAUGAAUACUACAAGGAACAAGGGAUAGUGGCACGGGAAGAAUGGGACACCUUUGUACAAGUUCUUCGAACUUCAUUGCCUGCUGCUUUCAGAAUCAAUUCUAGUAGCCAAUUUUGUACAGUUAUUAGAUCUCAGUUAGAGGAUGGCUUUGUCAAAUCACUUAAAGCUGAGGUCACUGAUGGUGGUGAAGUGGAGGCCAUCAGACCAUUGCCUUGGUAUCUGGAUAAUCUUGCUUGGCAUUCAAAUUUUUCUCGAAUGCAGCUAAGGAAGAACCAAGCCCUUGAGAGGUUUCAUGAGUUCUUAAAGCUGGAAAACGAAAUUGGAAACAUCACAAGACAGGAAGCUGUCAGCAUGGUACCUCCUCUAUUCUUGGAUGUACGUCCACAUCAUUUUGUACUUGAUAUGUGUGCUGUGCCAGGUUCAAAAACAUUCCAGUUGCUGGAGAUUAUAUAUCAAUCAACAAAACCAGGAUCACUGCCUGAUGGAAUGGUCAUAGCAAAUGACCUUGAUGUCCAAAGAUGUAAUCUUCUGAUCCACCAAACAAAAUGAAUGUGCACUGCUAACUUAAUUGUGACAAAUAAUGAAGCCCAACAUUUCCCUGGCUGCCGUGCAAACAAAAAUUUCAUUAAAGUUUCUGAGAUUGAAUUAGAGGCCCCCGUUAGUAAACAUUUUGAUCGUGUCUUAUGUGAUGUUCCCUGCAGUGGAGAUGGUACCCUUCGCAAGGCUCCUGAUCUGUGGAGGAAAUGGAAUUCAGGGAUGGGCAAUGGGCUUCAUAACCUACAAAUUCAGAUAGCAAUGCGAGGCUUAUCCUUGCUUAAAGUUGGGGGAAGAAUGGUUUACUCAACUUGCUCAAUGAAUCCAGUUGAAAAUGAGGCUGUUGUUGCUGAGAUUUUAAGGAAGUGUGGAGGGUCUGUUGAGCUAGUUGAUGUCUCUAGUGAGCUUUCUCAACUUGUUCGUCGGCCAGUUCUAAGAAAAUGGAAGGUUUGUUAUUCAUUCAAGCAUGAUGUGGAAGGAAUUAGAAAAGAGAUUAUGGAGACCAAGAACUCUAUGGAAAAUAGAACAACUGAGAUUUUUACAGCUGGAAUCUCGCAAGAUGAGGAGAUGGAGACGCUUAAGGCUCACUUCAAGAACCUGCAAAAUGAAGUCAGGCAUGACGUGGAAGGAGUUAGAAAAGAGAUUAUGGAGAUCAAGAACUCUAUGGAAAAUGUCAUAGGGGAGUUGAAGUCUCUUAUAUUAGGGUUGGGAGGGAAUCUUGGAAAGGAAAUUUCCUCUGGAUCACAGGAACAUAAUGGGGUAAAUGACAAGAGGAUUCUUCCAACUCCAACAAAGUUCUUAAUUCCUCAACAAAAGGAUUCACAAAACUUUGGUACUGCUAUGGAGAAAGAAAAUGUUUCCGAUCUCCCUUUAGAACGUUGCAUGAGGAUAGUGCCUCAUGAUCAGAACAGCGGGGCCUUCUUCAUUGCCAUCCUCCACAAACUCUCUUCUUUGCCAGUCAUUCAGGAGAAACCCAGUGAGCGAGGGAAUAUGUUAACCAAAAAAUAUGAAGAACAAGAAAAGUUAUCAGAACAGGUAACUGAAUGUAAUAAUGGAGUGGAGCUAAACUCAGAAGAUGCCGCAUCGGAAAAAUUUUCUGAAGCAGCUGCAGAGGCUGAUUUAGUUGAGAAUGAAACAGACAAGGCUGCUUUAGAUACUGAUCCUUGUAAUAUCGGUGAUGAAAAUGAUUCAGAGAAAAACCAAAUAUUGGUUGAUGAUGGGAUUCCAUCUGCAAAGGCUGUAGGGAAGAGAAAGUUACAAAUUCAAGGCAAAUGGAAAGGAGUUGACCCAGUUAUUUUAUUCAAAGAUGAAGCCACUAUCAAUAGCAUAAAGGAAUUUUAUGGUAUUGAUGAAUCAUUUCCAUUCAGUGGUCACCUAAUCUCGAGAAACAGUGACACUAAUCAUGUGAAGAGAAUUUACUAUAUUUCAAAGUCAGUCAAGGAUAUUCUAGAGCUGAAUCUCCUUGUUGGUCAGCAACUUAAGAUAUCUUCAGUUGGCCUUAAGAUGUUUGAGCAACAAACAUCAAGAGUAGGUACGACUGCUCCAUGUGCAUUUCGGAUAUCAUCUGAAGGACUGCCAGUAAUUCUUUCUCACAUCACCAAACAGAUCCUAUAUGCCUCUACAGUAGACUUCAAGCAUCUUUUGCAGUAUAAAGCUGUCAAAUUCAAGGACUUUGUUGAUGCUGAGUUUGGGGAGAAGGCAUCCAAGCUUAUGUUGGGUUGCAGUGUGGUAGUUUUAAGAGAUACCAAAACUUUGGCAGAGCCUAUCCAGGUGGAUGCUUCAACAAUAGCCAUUGGCUGCUGGAAGGGUAGGGCCAGUUUGAGUGUGAUGGUGACAGCCAUCGACUGCCAAGAACUGCUAGAAAGGCUUUCAGCACGCAUGGAGAUUGAAAAGGAUUCUUCAGUGCAAAAACACAAUGUUGAGGCUAAUGAAGUGCAGGAUAUGAAUGGAAUUGAAAAAGUUGAGGAAUCUGAGACAACUAAAGAAGCUACCAACGGCUAAAGUUACUUGCUGUAAAUCUAAGUUCGUAAAGUGAGAGAUUUUUAUUGUCACAUGAGAGAGAGUCCAGAAAAACUUAGCUUUCUCUAACUUCUUCUCUCUCAAUGUCGUCACUAAACUUGAUCAAUCUAUUGGUUCUUUCGCUUGACAAAA